UCGAAUACACAGUUCAGUUUGUUUUAGUUUACAGAGAUAGCGGUCUGUCACGAGGCGACAAAAGUCCACCCUGGCACGUUAAAGCUAGCUUUGAAUACCUGCCAAAAGCGCAGAGCAACUCCCCUGCCGACGCCUGCGUCUCGCUGCCUGCGUCGUAGCACCGCGGCGGACUCGAGUGACACCAGCCGUCGAGUUAGCGGGAGAGCUAAGGUUUCCCCCAUGUCCUCUGAAGAAGGGCUCAGUUCAGCGAUCACAGACUGGUUUUUCCUCAAUUCUUGGUGGAUCCUGCUUCCGUUCAUCAUGCUUCUCGUAGUCGUUGCCUUCAUUGUUGCGUUUGUGCUGCUGCUGUACAUGAUAUCGCCCCUCAUUAGUCCCAAGCCAUUGAAACUGAACGGGGCCCACGUCGUGGUGACUGGAGGCUCAAGUGGAAUUGGAAAAUCCAUUGCAAUUGAGUGCUACAGGCAAGGAGCAUUCAUCACUCUGGUGGCACGAGAUGAGGAGAAAUUACUGAGGGCAAAGAAAGAGGUGGAGAAAUUUGCCAUCAAUGACAAGCAGGUGGUGCUCUGUGUGUCAGUGGAUGUUUCCAGUGAUUACACUCAAGUGGAAAAUGUGAUAAAACAGGCACAAGAGAAGCUUGGGCCUGUUGACAUGCUUGUGAACUGCGCUGGAACAUCCAUUUCAGGAAAGUUUGAGGAAAUGGAGGUAGAGCGUUUUAAAGAAAUGAUCGAGUUAAACUACCUGGGUAGCGUUUAUCCAACACGAGCUGUCAUAACCACCAUGAGGGAGCGAAGAAUGGGCCGCAUCAUGUUCGUGUCCUCGCAGGCAGGCCAGAUCGGUCUGUUUGGGUACACUGCUUACUCCCCAUCCAAGUUUGCGCUGCGUGGCUUGGCAGAGUCGCUCCAGAUGGAGAUAAAGCCAUACAAUAUCUAUGUGACUGUGGCGUUUCCACCUGACACUGACACCCCGCUGCUGGCUGAAGAGAACAAAUCAAAGCCCUUGGAGACAAAACUCAUUUCUGAAACCUCUGGUAUUUGGCAGCCAGACCAAGUAGCGAAGAUCCUGGUCAAAGAUGCAGUGCAGGGAAAUUUCAACAGCUCCGUCGGCCCUGAUGGCUACAUGCUGUCGGCACUCACCUGUGGCAUGUCCCCUGUCACCUCCAUCACAGAAGGUCUCCAGCAGAUUGUCACCAUGGGGCUAUUUCGGACCAUUGCUCUCUUCUACCUGGGGAGCUUUGACAGCAUUGUGCGCCGCUGCAUGAUUCAGAGGGAGCAAUCCAAAGCAACCGACAAGAGAGAGUAACAGCAGCCUUACCGUCUUUACAGCCCAGUACUUCUCCUUCCCCACAGUCCCUUCAUCUAAUCCCUUCCUCCAGCUACACAAGUGCACUACCAUAGGUUUGGAGGGAAGAAAGGGCCACGUCAUGAGAUUAGAUGGAAGAAGGUAGCAGGUGUUUACUGUUUACUUGUCCAGUGAUACAGCUUCUCCCUAACUUAUAUAAUCAUUUUUACUUUUCUGUCCAUUCGGAGCAUUCCAGUGACUUUGAUUUAAUGUGUCCUCCAGCUUCUUUUGUGGGAACUGUCUUUUUUGAGAGGAGUGAGGGCAGACCAAACAUCCCAAAGCCAGAUUUUGAAGUAGGCAGGCCUUGGGAACCAAUGACAGAUAUUAGGCCAUGUCUGCUUUUAUUUGCACAGGGCUGUUUUGAGAGGAAAAGCAACCUGAAAGCAAUAUGGCCUCAAAUUCCCUUUCCCCAAAAACUGCAGUGAAGUAACUUUAACCUUCAGUCACAUUGUUGCAUGUAUUACAGAACCAUCUCCCUUUUUUUUCAGACAGAGAAUCUAACACUCUUUAUCAAAUAAGACCAUAUUUCUCUUAGUUUUCGUACCACUAGUCUUUGCAGGCAAAGCACCUUCCCUUUUUGACUGAAUAGCCUCUUAUGUUUGAAAUCGGUCAUGACCCUCAGUGUUUUGUUUACGCUGUGGGACAUUUUGUUUUCGUGCUCCAUGUGUGAACUAAGCUGUGAUGUGAUAGAACAGUGCUCUUCAUUGAUAUCAGAAAGUAACAGUGUUUUUGUUUUCUGUCAUUUUAUGUUUGCAAAUGUAAAAAAUAUUUCCACUAAAUGAUAAACAUUCAGAAAUUUUCCAUGCAGUUUGGGGGAACAUAAUUGCAAGUGAAAUGUGUGCAUGAGUAUAUGUUGUGUUUUUAUGCUGAUCUAACCAACCCACAAGGGAGGGAAAAGCCAUUUAAUUUAAUCUUUAGUAUGAAAACGCUAAACUUUUUUCUUUUUUUUUCCUCAUCACUGAGCUAAAACUAUGAAGUCACAAGAUGGGGGAGGGGGGAACGCACAUGAUUUAAUUUUUCACCUGUGCAAGCUCAUACAGUCCGCCUUCGCUUCCCUCCCUUUUGAAAAAUAGUUAAAGAAAGCUCAUCAUUUUAACUUGCAGUUCUGUGUGUCGACACACAAAUUCACCCGCCACAGUAAGGAUCCACUUACUGUCAGGCUGGUGCGUCAGGGCAGGGCACGACUUGCUGGAUCAAGUCAUGUCUCUGAAGGUCCGCUGAGGGCGCUGGAGAUUUGUUUUACAUGAAGGCCAAAUGUCAAAAGUCCAUGUCCUUGUGACUUUGACUUGCUGUCAAGCACAGCUGGGAAUUUGAAAUUCCCUAAAUGACAAUAUCAAUUCCUUCCUGAUGUUUGUCAAGCCUCAGAAAAAACAUAUAUUUAUCAUAUGACUUUCCUACUGUUUUGCAUACAGAGGCACAAAAACUAGUUUAACACUGACUCUUGCAGGUCUUCCUUUGGUCCAUUAUAAUGGGGAGAAUGUACUUUACUGCAAAGCACACAGAUCAGGACAUUGAAAUAUUAUUUUUUAAAUACAUCAAUAUUUGAAUACCAAAAUGUGUCAACAUUGUUCAUAGAAGCAAUGCAUUUAUUUGUGAUUUAUCUAGAUAUCACUGCUCUGUUGAUCUUAGUUGGUUAAAAACGAUGGAGCAGUGUGGGGACCCAUUCUAAGCCUUAAGACGUAAUGACAAAUUAUACAAGUGCUAUGAGGAUGGAACUGUUGACGGAACAGUGUGACUUAACCCACAUGUGGUUUAGCGGGUCAUUUAAUGUUCUUUUGCUGUGUAUUUGGUCAGUUUCUUAUCUUUGUAUGACAAAAGAAGCCUUACUACGGUCCAAGACAUGAAAGUGAGAAUGAAUGACUCAUGUUUGAUGAUGUUCUCAUUUGAUAUUGGUGAAAGGCAUGCAGUCCAGCUAUUAAGAUCUUUUUGUUAUCGUACAUGUAUUGCUUUCAAAAGUUCUUUUUCCCUGCGGUAGCAGCCCAGUUUAGUUUAAGGAACAUGUAGCUCAUGUAAAAGCAGUUUUGUUGUGACACCUUUUAAGCUAUGCAAUUAAAGCCUGUUCUUACAAUAUGAUUGAACAUACAGCUAAUGUUGGAAGUUCUGUGGCAGUCACACUAGUUUUCCCCUGUUGAUGUUACAAGUACAUUUCUAAUGCUUUUAAGAAUAUUGAACAUGAAUGCCAUGCUACACUGAUUUCAUUCUUCUUUGUUGCUUUUUUCUGCCAAAAUAAACUGAACACCUUCACCUUGUGUGCCAUUCAAAGUGAAUUUGACAAGUGAAAUGUUUCUGUCAUAUUUUCUUACAUGAUUUAAGAAUUAAAAACCCGU